AGUUUACACAGCCGUUUCCAUCCUCGGGUCCAGGCGUGGUUUACAGAUGGGUGUGGUUCCCUGUGCAGGGAAGUUUUAUUGCUACAGUGAGUCAACUGGUGAAUACACAUCAUGUUGAAUGAAUCAUGACUAAAGUGUGAAGAAGAAGAGCAACAGCUCCAAAUGGAAAUGGAAAUAUAGUGAAGACUGGUAGUUGUUUAAAUUUAACAUCUUCUGUCAUCUGAAAAGUUGAAGGUGUCUGGGACAGGACAGCUCGCUUGAAGAGAACAAUGGGCCUCCUGCAGCUCCUGAAAUCCCAGUUUUUGAGUCAUCUGAUCAUCUGCUAUGUGUUCCUGGCCAGUGGCCUCAUUAUCAACCUGUUGCAGCUCUGUACUUUACCUCUGUGGCUGGUCAGUAAGCAGCUGGCCCGCAGGAUCAACAUCAGACUGGGCUACUGCAUAACUAGCCAGAUGGUAGCUGCCCUGGAGUGGUGGUCUGGGACAGAAUGUACACUCUACACAGACCCAAAGAGUUAUCCGUUGUAUGGAAAUGAGAAUGCAAUUGUGGUUCUCAACCACAGUUUUGAGAUAGACUUCCUGUGUGGCUGGACCUUCUGUGAGAGAUUCGGAGUUCUUGGGAGCUCCAAAGUAUUGGCCAAAAAAGAGUUGAGUUAUGUACCUGUUAUUGGCUGGAUGUGGUACUUUUUGGAGAUAGUCUUCUGCAAGAGGAAGUGGGAGGAGGACCGAAGGACAGUUGCUCAGAGUCUUCAGAACCUGUGGGAUUACCCAGAAAACUACUGGUUCUUGCUUUACUGUGAAGGGACACGCUUCACACCAAAGAAGCACCAGGUCAGCAUGCAGGUGGCUAACAGCAAAGGUUUACCCAAACUGAAGUAUCAUCUUCUGCCCAGGACCAAAGGAUUCUGGGUAACUGUCCAAAACCUCAGAGGAACUGUUGCAGCUGUGUAUGAUUCCACACUGAACUUCAGAAACAACGAAAUGCCAACCUUGCUUGGAAUCCUUAAUGGGAAGAAAUAUCACGCAGACCUAUAUGUGAGGAGAAUCCCUCUAGAGUUGAUCCCAGAAGAUGAAGCAGAGUGUGCUGCAUGGCUUCACAAACUCUACCAGGAAAAGGAUAGCUUUCAGGAGCUGUACACACAGACAGGGCGUUUCCCUGGCCCCAUUGUGAGUCCUCCACGCCGACCCUGGGCUUUGAUCAACUGGCUGUUCUGGGCCUGCUUGGCCCUCUACCCACUGGGCCUGCUUCUUGCUCAGCUGAUCAUUUCUGGAUCGAUGGUGACCAUCCUUGUGUCUGUGACUCUGUGCACUGCAGCUUCACUGGCAGUUCGCUGGAUGAUUGGACAGACGGAAAUUGACAGAGGCUCAAGCUAUGGGAAUAAGGAGGUUCCUCUAAACAACAACUAAAGACUCCUGGCCUGCUCAGAGCUGCUUCUUUGCAUCUGCAAAUUUAACGGCAGAAGAAUGUAAACAUCAGUCUGACAGGAUAUGCUGAUACCACUACAAACUUGAGUCUAAGCACAAUGAAGACAUGGUAGCAUCGUUUUAAUGCUAUGCUUCAAAAGACAAUGUAAGAUCAUGGAAAGUGGACCAGCUGCCUUUGGGAAAGUUAUGAUUAGAAUGUCAGGCAAGAUAAAAUAAUGCUUUACUACACUCUCCUCAAAUCAGAGUGCAAAUAUUUGAAUACAGUCAAGACAAACAUUUUCACCAGCAAGUGUUUUUCCAUAACUUUAAAAUCAAAACUGCUCCACCAAAUUAAAAUUUGCUCAAAGAUUGUACUCAAACCUCUUGAGAAACUCGCAGACUCAAUCAGCUUAGCAUCAUAAAAUAUGAAAGCUGGCCAGCAACAUUGUCUCUGACCCCAACCAUCCAAAUGCAUGCAAGUUAGCCUCAAGAAUGUUUCUAGCAGUAUUGUAGAAAGUGCGACAACAAGCCUGACAACAUUUAAAUAUGUAUUGAAGCAAAAUAAGCCAUGGAGUCUAGUUUAUGUAUCGGAAGGAUUACCGCGAGUAACUUCAACAGUAACAAACCGUAAACAAACGACAUGCAAGCACACAAACACAACAUCCAAAUGAACAUAACGUCUCCCAUAAUAUUAGGUUACCUAGUAUAGCAUUUGGUAUUAUGAAUCAACCCAAAUUAUCCCAUUGUCCUAGCAACACUUGUAUUUUAAGGUCUUCAUUGCCAUAAAUCCCUUUGCAAAUGCUUUACAGACAAAUACUAUCAUAUAAUGUAAGAGCAGACAAACACACAGUAUGUAACAUUACUCUUAGCAACACUUAGCAAACUGUCACUAGUGCCAAGCUAACAAAGCUAACCAGUAGGGAUCAGCCAUCAAAAACAUGACGAAAAACGGACAAGACAGUACUGACCUAUCGUUUGUGUGAAACAGCAAAGCUAAUGUAAGCAGAAACAAAGCAAUGGUAUUUAUUUCUUUCAAGUCUCUGAGGUUUCUCCUGCAUUGAAAUGCCUCACUGAUGUUAACACAAGUCUUUCCCCUUGCCUGGUCAUAUAACUUCUUUCUCUCUUUAUACCCUUCAGAUCUUUUUCAUUUUGGCUGUUUCUCAGCCAUCUCUCCUUCACAGAGCCUCGACUCCAGAACGCUCAAAUGUGCCGGUGUAUCCAACUCUCUCUCCCACUGCCCACUGGCAAUUACUCCUGUUUGCGAGCAUGAAAUCCACCUUUUGGUGAUUGGCUGGAACAAUGUUGUGGGGAUCAGGGCCAAGUCACUUUCUUUGUGUUCUAUUUACAGAACCAGGGCCAUGUAGGAAAACUUGAUUUUUUUAGAGCACACACACCAUACACCAGUCAAUCCUAAAAUUAAAUAUGGAGCUUAAUCCCAGAUCACAUUGAAGGGCCUUGAAUAUUGUCUCCUGUGAUUGUAAUGUUUUGUUAAAUGUAUCUCUGUUUCUUGUCAUCAUUUUUGUCUUUUCUGUGAUGUUGCAAAAGGAGCUGCUGUGAUGCAAGAAAAAAACAAUACAUUAUCAUCAUGAUCACACUGCAAUCUAAAUUCAACCAAGUGAUAAAUAGACUACCUCUUUUAGUGUAGUGUAAAGCAUAAAUGACAUUUUCAUGGUGGAAGAAAAUAAACAUUUCACUAUAAAAAAAAACCA